CAAACAAUAAACAAACAAGACUCGGCGCGCGGUCCGCGUCGACUUCUCCGCUUGAUCGACCCCUACGACCCACAAGGUCAUGGCGGACAAUUCUACCUGCAUAGAGCCCUUUUUAAAGUGCUGCCAGGAGACUUCCAAUUGUUUUACCGACUGCACCGAUGGGGUCGAGGAUAUGUUCUCUGACUCCAUAUCAGGGCAGUUGUGGCGAGUGGAGGCGAUGCUGCUCGUCAACGCCAUCCUUGCAGGAGUCAUGGUCGGAAUAGGCGCCUACGGUCACCGUUAUCGCCACUAUGGCUUCACCCGCUAUCUCUUGCUGGGGGCAACCACCUUGUUCCUACCCAUCAUAUCUUAUGUCCUCUCUGCGUUUGGCUCCGUUGGCUAUGAGUUUGAUGUCACUAUCCCCUCUCAAUUGAUAGCCACUUGUCGGGCAUACUUCAUUCACACAUACAUGGUCAUAGUAUCCAUCUGCCUUGUUUUGAUUUCUGCUAUCAAUACAAGCCCCAUAGUUGCUACUGAUGAUAGAGAAGAUCGAAGCAUACACCCUCCCUUCGAACUUCUUGUUCAAGGAAUUUGGAUAGUUUACCUGGUGAUCAGCACCAAAGCAAUUCCGAAUGAAAGUAAACUUAAUUAUCUCAGACUAUUCGCACCCUUUCCUCUUAUCUAUGCCAAAAUGACAUUAAAAUGUUAUGCAUUUAUAAAGGCCCGGAAAUCCUUUGCACUCGGACACAAUCCUCGUCUUAUUGUUGGAUAUAUGCAGCAACUGCAAGUAGAAAACGAUCAACAUGCAAGUGAGGAGGAUGUGCCUCCUCCAGCACCACUUGUAGUUAUGGGUGAGGACGGACAUAAACUAGAGAAGCAACCUCAUGGUUUCAUGUUCGGAAAGAACUUGGAGGAGGUUCAACAGGGUGGUUUGGUGACCAUUGACAGAGUUUGGCAAUUAGAAAACUUGUUUCUAAAAGAUAUAUGCUUGUCAUUUGCAUUGUUUAAGUUGCUCAGGUGUCGAUAUGCAAGAUACAAACUCACCAAUGUGAUCCCUAUAGAGACAUUCAAAUUUGUCAGGAACAUCUUGCUAAAGGAUGGUGAACAUGAAAGAGCCUUCGCGAUGAUUGCAGAUGAGCUUUCUUUUCUUCAUGAUUAUUAUGAUUCACCACUCCCAGUAUCCUACUCAGAUAACUGGUUGGUUAUAGUUAGUAUGAUUAUCUCACUCUUGAGCGUGGGUUACUGCAUAUUUGUUGGGACGGACAUCAUCACAGCGGUGCACAUUGCUGUUCGGAAUCCUGUGGAGUAUAUUUUUUUUGAGCCCUAA